AUGGAUGCCAGGAAAGCCCAUAAAGCCUCCUCCUCUUCAUCCUCAACAUCCUCCUCAUCAAAACGUUGGGAGUACCAAGUGUUCUUGAGCUUCAGAGGUGAAGACACACGCAAGGGCUUCACAGGCCACCUCCACGCCGCAUUAUGUAAUGCCGGAAUCCGCUCCUUUCUUGACGACAACGAGCUAGAAAGAGCGGAAUUUAUAAAAACCCAACUGGAGCAGGCAAUCGACAAAUCCAUGAUCUCCAUAAUUGUCUUCUCCCAGCGUUAUGCCGAUUCCAGUUGGUGUCUUGACGAGCUGGUGAAGAUCAUGGAGUGUAGAGAACGAUUGGGGCAACAGGUAAUUCCAUUGUUCUAUAAUGUUGAGGCUUCAGAUGUCCGGAAACAGACUGGUAGUUUUGCAGAAGCUUUUGAGAAACAUGAAGCGGGCAAACAUGAGAAAGAAAAGGUACAGCGAUGGAGGAAUGCUCUCAGUCAAGCAGCAGAUUUGUGUGGGGAAGAUCUUAAAAAUGCUGACAAUGGGCAUGAAGCAAAGUAUAUCAACGAAAUUCUUGGGGUGGUUAAUAAGCAGUUGUACAGCAAAUACCAAUUAGACAACGAACACCUUGUCGGAAUUACUUCUCGGCUGAACGAUGUUGUUCGCAUGAUUGAUAUUGAAAAUUCAGGUUCCAAGGAUGUUGUUCGCAUGAUUGGUAUUUUGGGGAUGGGCGGCAUUGGAAAAACAACGCUUGCCAAAACCAUUUAUAACAAAUUUGAACGAAUCUUUGAAGGUAGGAGUUUCCUUGCAAACGUGAGGGAACCCAUUAAUGGUCUGGUUGGUUUGCAAGAGCAACUUCUAAAUGAUAUCUUGAAAAGCAAGGACUCCAUAAAGGUUGGCUCUGUUGCUAAAGGGAUCGAUAUGAUAAGAGAAAGACUUUGCUGUAAAAGAGCACUUGUCAUAAUUGACGAUGCAGAUGAUCUACAGCAACUAAAAGCAAUAGCUAGAACUCGUGAUUGGUUUGGUCCUGGAAGUAGAAUUGUUAUAACAACAAGAAAUCAACAUUUGCUAGAGCAAGUUGGAGUGGAUGGCAUAUAUAUGGCUCAAGAAAUGGAUGAAAAAGAAGCUCUAGAGCUCUUGAGUAGGCAUGCCUUCGAAAGUGGUUAUCCUAAUCAAGAAUAUCUUGACCUCUCAAAACGUGUAAUUCGUUACUGUCGAGGCUUGCCACUAGCACUUGAAGUUGUAGGGUCUUUUCUGAUUACAAGAUCCGUAGAGGACUGGGAAAGCCAUUUGGAGAAGUUGGAAAGAAGUCCUCCUGAAAAAAUUCAAAAAAUACUCAAAAUAAGCUUUGAUGGGCUACCUGAUCAGGAAAUGAGAGAGACAUUCCUUGAUAUAUCUUGUUUCUUUAUAGGAAUGGACAGGGACUAUGUAACACAAAUAUUAAAGGGAUGUGGCUUUGCUCAACCGAUAGGAAUCAAUGUCCUCAUUGAACGGUGCCUUCUAACUGUUAGUGAGCGAAACAAGCUGAUGAUGCAUGAUUUGCUUCAAGACAUGGGAAGAGAGAUCGUUUAUGAAAAUGCCCAGGGUGACCGUGAAAAAUUUAGUAGAUUGUGCAAACGUGAAGACGUAACAAAUGUAUUGAGUGAUGAAUCUGGAACUAAAAAAAUUGAAGGAGUUGCUCUACAUUUGGAUUUGGAUUUGGAUCUAUAUUGGGAUCCAGAAUCGGAUCUAGAUUUGACUAGAUUCAGUGCACAAGCAUUUACCAAGAUGAAAAAACUGAGGUUACUCCACCUCAGCGGAGUAGAGCUCACUGGAGAGUACAAAGAUUUUCCCAAAAAGUUAAUAUGGUUGUGCUGGCAUUAUUUUCCUUUAGAGUCCAUACCAGAUGACUUUCCCACGCAACCAAAACUAGUUGCUUUAGACCUGCGGUGGAGCAAACUCAAAAUAGUUUGGAAGGAUUGCAAGUUGCAUGAGAACUUGAAAAUCCUUAAUCUCAGCCAUUCCGAAGAGCUAACAAAAUCACCAGACUUUUCAAAACUCCCAAAUCUCGAGCAAUUGAUAUUGCAAUUUUGUACUAGAUUGUCUGAGGUUCACUCAUCCAUCGGGGAUCUUGGAAGACUUUCUUUGGUAAAUCUUAAAGACUGCAUAAUGCUAAAGGAUCUCCCACUGAAUUUCUAUAAAUCUAAGUCUAUUGAAACUCUUCUACUUAAUAAAUGUUGGAGUUUUGAAAAGUUGGCUGAGGGCUUAGGGGACAUGGUAUCAUUGACAACUCUGAAAGCGGAUGAGACAGCCAUCAGACAAAUUCCAUCUUCCAUAUUAAAAUUGAAGAAACUGAAAGUUUUAUCUUUAUGCGAUGUGAAAGGGUUGCCAUCAACAAAUCUUUUGCCUCCUUCAUUGCAAAGUUUAAGUUCUUUAAGAGAAUUAGCUCUUGCAGACUGCAGUUUAACUGAUGAUGCAUUCCCCAAGGAUCUCGGUAGCCUAAUUUCCUUAGAAAGGUUAGAUCUUGCACGCAAUGGCUUUUGCAGCCUACCAAGCCUCAGUCGUCUUUCACAGCUUCAAGAUUUGUCUUUAGAUCAGUGCAAAAAGCUUCGUGCAAUCCCAGAUUUACCAACAAAUUUGAAAGUCUUACGAGCAGGUGGCUGCAUUGCAUUGGAAAAAAUGCCAGAUUUUUCAGAAAUGUCAAAUAUAAGAGAAUUGUAUCUAAGUGAUUCGGGCAAACUCACUGAAAUUCCAGGCCUGGAUAAGUCAUUAAACUCCAUGACAAGGAUUCAUAUGGAAAAGUGCACUAAACUCACUGCCGAUUUUAGGAAGAACAUCCUCCAGGGAUGGACUUCUUGCGGAUAUGGUGGCAUUUUUCUCAGUAAAAAUGUUGGUUCGACUAUGUCCAUAACAAUGAUAUUGGAAAUGUUAUUCCUGAUUGCCAUAUACGACGAAUGUUGCAUUAGCAUUAAAAACAUGACCAAGGGUACUGAGCUUGACGCCAGGAUCAUAUCCAAUUGUGAAACUGACGAGGAUUGUCCAAUUAAGCCCGUCAUUUGGCAGGGACAGUUAUCAAAUGACGAGCUCAAAUUGCAAGACGGUGACAAAGUCUUGAUUGAAAUAAUAGUGGACAAAUGGGUGAAGGUGAAGAAAACAGGUGUUAGUCUGGUAUGGGACAAAUUUAUGAAAGAAAAUAUGAUUGAUUACCAUCUUUGUGCGUAUGAACGACGCUCAUCUCAAAAUCUGGUUAAUGAUGAUGACAUCAUUCAUGUCAAAGAUGAUCAUGACAUGACAGAAUCCCCAGACUUUUCAAAAUUCCCAAAUCUCGAGAAGUUGAUAUUGAAAGGUUGUAAGGAGUUGAUUAAGGUUCACUCAUACAUCGGGGAUCUUGGAAGACUUUCUUUGGUAAAUCUUGAAGGCAGCAUAAGGCUAAAGGAUCUCCCACUGAAUUUCUAUAAAUCCAAGUCUAUUGAAACUCUUAUACUGAAUGGUUGUUCAAGAUUUGAAGACUUGGCUGAUGGCUUAGGGGACAUGGUAUCAUUGACAAUUUUGAAAGCAGAUAACACAGCCAUCAGAAAAAUUCCAAGUCUCUCUGGUCUUUCAAAGCUCAAGGUCUUGUGUUUAAAUGCAUGCAGAGAACUUCUUGCAAUCCCAGAUUUACCAACCAAUUUGUAUGUUCUGAAAGCAAAUGGCUGCCCAAAAUUGGAAACAAUUUCAGAUUUUUCAAAAAUGUCGAAUAUGAGAGAAUUGUAUCUCAGUGAUUCGGUCAAACUCACUGAGGUUCCAGGCUUGGAUAAGUCAUUAUACUCCAUGACAAGGAUUCAUAUGGAAGGCUGCACCAAUCUCACUGCCGAUUUUAGGAACAACAUCCUACAGGGAUGGACUUCUUGCGGAUAUGGUGGCAUUUUUCUCCGUGGAAAUGAUAUUCCUGAUUGGUUCGACUAUGUCCAUGACGAUGAUAUUGUGUAUUUCACUGUGCCUCAAAGUGAUGGUCGUAAUUUGAAAGGGUUAACUUUGUCCGUCGUUUGCUCUUCAGCCAUAUACGACGGAUGUUGCAUUAGCAUUAAAAACAUGACCAAGGGUACUGAGCUUGACGCCUGGAUCAUACACAAUUGUGAAAUUAAGUAUUGUCCAAUUGAGCUCGUAAUUUGGCAGGGACAGUUAUCAAAUGACGAGCUCAAAUUGCAAGAAGGUGAUAAAGUCUUGAUUGAAAUAGCGGAUGAAGAUGAUUCGGUGAAGGUGAAGAAAACAGGUGUUAAUCUGGUAUGGGACAAAUUUAUGAACGAAAAUAUGAUUGAUUACCAUCUUUGUGCGUAUGAACGACGCCCAUAUCUGGUCAAUGAUGAUGACAUCAUUCAUGUCGAAGAUGAUAAUCAUAUAACAAAAUCACCAGACUUUUCAAAAUUCCCAAAUCUCAAGAAGUUGAUAUUGAAAGGUUGUCGGAGUUUGUGUAAGGUUCACUCAUCCAUCGGGGAUCUUGGAAGACUUUCUUUGGUAAAUCUUGAAUACUGCAUAAUACUAAGGGAUCUCCCACUGAAUUUCUAUAAAUCCAAGUCUAUUGAAACUCUUAUAUUGAAUGGUUGUUGGAGUUUUGAAAAGUUGGCUGAGGGCUUGGGGGACAUGGUAUCAUUGACAACUCUGAAAGCAGAUAACACGCGCAUCAGACAAAUUCCAUCUUCCAUAGUAAAAUUGAAGAAGUUGAGAAUUUUAUCUCUAUGUGGCUGCUGGCGGUUAACUGAGGAUGCAAUCCCUAAGGAUCUAUGUAGCCUAAUUUCCUUAGAACAUCUGCGUCUUGGAGGCAAUUACUUUCGUAGCCUACCGAGACUCGCUGGUCUUUCAAAUCUCAAGGUCUUGCGUGUAAAUGCAUGCAGAAAACUUCUUGCAAUCCCAGAUUUACCAACCAAUUUGUAUGUUCUGAAAGCAAAUGACUGCCCAAAAUUGGAAACAAUUCCAGAUUUUUCAAAAAUGUCGAAUAUGAGAGAAUUGUAUCUAAGUGAUUCGUUCAAACUCACUGAGGUUCCAGGCUUGGAUAAGUCAUUAAACUCCAUGACAAGGAUUCAUAUGGAAGGCUGCACCAAUCUCACUGCCGAUUUUAGGAACAACAUCCUACAGAGAUGGACUUCUUGCGGAUUUGGUGGAAUUUAUUUGAAUGGAAUUUAUGAUAUUCCUGAGUGGUUCAAAAUCGUCAAUGAUGUGGACAAUAUCGUCUUCUUUGAAGUUCCUCAAAGAAUCGUGGGUCGUGAUUUAAAAGGGUUGACUAUAUGCUUCGUUUACUCUUAUUCUGUUUUUGGCCCAAAACUUGAAGAUUCUGAAGGUCCUUUUGGCAUUAUCGUUAGAAAUCUUACCAAACAAACUGCUUUGCACACCAAGAUAGCAUUUGCCAGAAACAAAAGACCAGAACCCCAUUCGUUUUUGUCAAACGAACCUGAAAACGAUUAUCUUUGGCAGGGACAAUUGUCAAACGAUGUGCUCCGUUUGCAAGGCGGGGACCAAGUCUGCAUUCUUAUAAAGCCUAAUGAUGUUGAUUUUGUGAGAGUGAAGAAGACAGGGGUUCAUCUAGAAUGGGACAAAGUCAUGAAGGAAAAUAUGGAUAAUCCGGAUCGUCAUUUGUAUGAUUUGGAAACAAAUCCGGAUUUUUGA